CGAAUUUGACGCCCUUUAAUCCCAGAGCGACUUGAAAUACCCACGGCAUUUCUCGCGAGCUCGGAGCAGCAGGCGGCUCGUUCAUCGGUUACGACACCUCAGUGUAAACAGCCAUGGCUGCCCUGCGCAGACUUAUCCCUUCAUUCACCAACAGCUUCAAAACAGGGACAUUUGCGGCGCGGAAACAAACACAUUCAAAGGCGACAAAAGCGCUGAGAGUUAUCGCAGCUGGAGCGUGCGUCACCGCCGCGGCCGGUGCUGCUUAUUAUUACUGCCGCUCGUUUGUCGGUAGGCGCUCGGGACUGGCGAGCCAUGUCGAGGCUCGACUCUUGCAUCUGGCGUUGCCAUCAGUGUCUGCCACCGACAAGGCUAGGACCUAUGGCCUGAAUGAUGGAGAUGUGCACAUGUCAUCCUAUGAAAACAGAUUCCGCCUGUUCAGUUCUGUUGAGUAUGAGGGCCAACUCUACAUGACUCCGCUCAACUUCAUCGAGUCCAUCACACUGAAUGAACCCAAGAGUAAGAGGACAUGGAAGUCCCUCACAAAAAAGGAAUUAGACAAGAUGCUGGCUGAUACCCCACCUGUUUGGAAAGGAUCAUCUAAUUUGUUUAGAAAUCUCCGGGAACGAGGUGUCAUCAGCUACACAGAGUACCUCUUCCUGCUCUGCAUUUUAACAAAGCCCCAUGCAGGCUUCAGGAUUGCUUUCAACAUGUUUGAUGCAGAUGGGAAUGAAAUGGUGGACAAGAGGGAGUUCUUAGUGCUGGAAGAAAUUUUCCGUAAGAAAAAGGACAAAAAGGAAGUUACUGAAGAGGGGCAAAGAUUUGACCAGCAGAUCCUUAAAAAAGACAGUCAGCAUGUGGAGGCCCGGGGCAUGUGGGAUGUUCUGAGACGUGGCACAAGUCAAGUUCUGUUUUCUGAUCUCACUGAGCACAUGGAUGAAAAUACAGAGACGACUCUGCUGGUACACUUCUUUGGGAAAAAAGGGAAGGCUGAGUUGAAGUUUGAAGACUUUUACAAGUUCAUGGACAACUUGCAGACAGAGCUGCUUGAGAUAGAGUUCCUCUCCUACUCCAAAGGCAUGCCCACCAUCAGCGAGGAGGACUUCGCUCGGAUCCUUCUUCGUUUCACCAACCUGGACAACGUCAGCGGAUACUUGGAGAAUGUUCAUCACAGUUUGCCAGAAGAAAAGGGAAUCACCUUUGAGGAAUUCAGGUCUUUCUUCCAGUUCCUGAACAACCUGGAGGAUUUUGCUAUCGCCAUGCAAAUGUACAACUUUGCCAACCGUUCUAUUGGUCAAGAGGAGUUUAGCCGUGCUGUCUAUGUGGCCACAGACAUCAAGCUGACCCGCCACUUGGUGAACACAGUCUUCAGGAUCUUUGACGAGGAUCACGAUGAUAAGCUCAGCUACAAGGAGUUCAUCGGCAUCAUGAAGGAACGGUUGCAUCGCGGCGACGGGGGCGUCAGAGUGGAGGAGAAGUUCACCUCUUUUAAGUCCUGCUUGAAGAAGAAGCUUUCAGGCAAAUAGGUGAAAAUCCCAACAUCAGCGCAUGUCUUACAAACUGGAUGAACUGUGCCUCCUUCAAGCUUUCUACCAGGAUUAAAAAAGAAGAGUUAAUGCAUGUUGCAGCAUCUUAUUGCACUGUCUGUUAGUUUUAAAAUAAACAGGAUGUGGCAAAACAGGAUGUGGUUAGUCUAAUGGGAGGCUGUUGCAAGAUUUGACCAUGAUGAAUAUAACGAGAAAAUCCUCUUAAGUCUGUUGAGAAGAUAUUACACUAUUGAUCCAUCUACUUGUAAAUAUAUUUAUUAAUUUACGAUUGUUAACACGGAUUUUAUUUAUUUAUCUAAAAGUUCUACUUUGUCUUAUUACUGCUCUGCCAACGUGACUCUCUCUUUGUCCCAAGUCGGAUUCUGUAUAGCGGCAGCAUUGCUUACAUACUUGUUCCUGUUGGCUCUGCAGCCCCCUGAACAGAUCAGCUUAGGACAGCACCUCCCCUCCUCUUCCUCCUCCUCUUUCCCAAAGCGCUGCAGCUAAAAUCCUCCAGGAUCCCCCAGAGCCAGCAGGCCUGAACACACUCGCUCAGUCUGUGUUUCUCACUGUUUAAAUACAGGCAGCUAACAGUGUUAAUCAUUUCUUACUAAAGAGCACUUUCCUCCUCGGGUAUUAAAAAAGAAGUGCUAUUUUCAUGCCACUGGCAGGAAUUACCUCUCUAUAAAUAAAUAUGCAGAAUAUUGAAGCCAUAUGUUUGUUCCACUCUUGGGACACACAGCUUAAAUUAGUGUUGGUUUUAAAGGAGCAGUAUGUUAAAAUGACCUUCCCUUCAGGCUCUCUGAGGAAUUGUUUACACUGUAAACAAAUCUGCACUGGUAUUGUAUGUUACUGAGGAUUUCUUACUGACUGUUGUUUCCUGGUCUGAUGUUUGCUUUGGGUGGAGUUAAUGUACUGAAAAAGACUGACUGAAGGUAACAAAAUGUUACACAUUCAAAUAUUAACCAGACUAAUGUCUUUGUAUUUCAGCCUACUCUCUGCUUUAAUUUUGGAUGUUUGGAUUGAUUAGUUAGACUACCUCUGGAAGAGUUUUGGAAACUUCUUGCCUUUCUUUUAAAUUAGGCUUUGACUGUUUUACUAAUGUUAAAGCCCAGGUGCAUUUAUUAUGAUGUGGUGCAAUAAAUAUCACUUAAAAUA